AAAGCUGCAAGCAAAAUUCUGUCACGUCGCAGCUAGCUUCUCUAUAGAAUUGCCAAUACAGCGUCAUGAAAGAAUUAGCGAGGGUAGAAGCCUAAAUCUAAGGGUAGAAAGACAUAGAGCUAUCGAAGAGAGGUCCGACGACGUCCACGGGCAGAGAAGCACGCGUUCACUGCUGAGAUCCUGCGUGUUAGGCACAUCGUAGCUACUAUAUUGAUCUACCUGUCCGAGGGCUAUAUCGGUCCGCGUGUUUCGGUGCAGUACCUUUCAGUCCACCAGCGCGGGAUCAACGUUUCGUCCUGCUGUAUUCAUCGAGAUCACGUUUCCUUGAAAUACAGUUCACAGUUCAGUGUUCGUGUUCGAUCGACACCUGUGAAUCUUUCUGUUCUUUCUGCUUCUUUUUCCUUUUCUAAUUAUCUGACACGUUAUCAUUCGAGCUAAUUAUAAUCCGCUUCAAUACAUCGCAGUACCGCUACACAGUUCACAGUUCACUGGUCAUCGCUUGUGUGCUUCGUUUCAACCUGAUUACCCACUUUAUUUCAUCAACUACAAAUUUAUUGUUCCGCAGUAGAAAAAUCGCAAACCUUCGAUACUCUCAGUUCCAAUUGCACGACGAUAAAAUAUCGGUAUCGAGUAAAGUGUCUAAUGGACGAGAUGAAUUUUAACGAGAUAUGUCUCCAGAGCUCGACAGUAGAUGGUAGAUUUUUGCCAUGAGAAACUGGUAACUGGAUAACAGAGACAGUGGGUGUUUGCUUUUCUUAUUUCUCGCUCGUCACUCCUAUUACAAAGGAUCACGCAGAAAGCGAGAAUUGUUCGAGUCUAGAAGAGGAUCGAUCGACGCGGUUCUCAAAACGACCGAUCGUUUGGACCGGUCUCAGCAGUUUUUCCUGGGAUAUAUCCAGGCCAUCGUAUAAGUAAUGCGGUUUCUUGGGAGGAUGGUUAAAGGUUUGCGGACUGUGACGUUUCGAUGAGAAAAUGCCACGAUGCUGCGGCGCGUCUUUGGUAUCCGUCAUGGGCGGCGAGGGGUCUCCGCAAAGUCUCGGUUUGCAGAUUCAGGACGGCAAUCCUCGAAAUAAAACAGCCUUAGCACCUGGCCACAGUUUGAUGGACUGGAUUCGAUUGGGAAACUCCGGCGUCGAUUUAACCGGCGUUGGUGGAGUUCCACGUGUCGUAACUUUGUCCGAACUGGCCACUCACAAUAAGCAAAACGACGCUUGGAUCGCGAUUCGAGGGAUCGUUUUCAACGUGACACGUUACAUGGACUUCCAUCCAGGAGGAGUCAACGAAUUAAUGAGAGGCGUUGGAAAAGAUGCCACGAAACUUUUCGAAAACGUGCACGCUUGGGUCAACUAUCAGAGCAUCCUUCAGAAAUGCGUGGUCGGAAGGCUGAGCCGUGGCUCGGUGAGCGGUACCACCGCGUCGUCGCCGACGGAAAAUGCUGCCUCGAGUACGAGCAAUUGUUCGUCGGCGACGUUGAACCUGAUAACAAGUUGCACAACUCAUAGUGUGAACCAAGAAAACGUAUCAGACGCUAAUUUAUUGAAUAUAAAAAUGGAGUGGAGGCAAACACCCAUCACGUUCAUAUUGUUUUAUCCAACGCCGCGCAAUUAUCCAAACAUGUGCUAUCAAUUAACAAGGAUAAACGAUUCGAAACUGGCAUACAAAUUAUGUUUCGGGAGCAACGUAGUAAUACAGGAGUUGGAAUUAACAGGAGAAGUAGAAUGGCCACCGGUCUGCUUCAGAGAUUUGGAAAUGAGGGAGAUGACUUUUACGUUUACGAAGCGGAAGGUAGAGUUAUGGAAAUCUUACGGUACUCAAACGGUAUUGAGGGAGACGAAUAUGGAUAAUCGAAUGUACACAGAAUACGAAGUACUUGCGAACAUACUGCUUUCUAAGUUAGUUCAUCUGUUAGUCGUGCGAGCAAAAGACUUCUUGCAAAUUAUACCUAUUGGCAGGCACGUAGAAGUCAAAAUGAACGUCAUGGGGACGGAAGUAUCGCGAUUGUACACGCCUGUCCCACCGUGCCUUCAUCCGGACGAUAUGGCGCCAAACUACAAGUCUGAUUGCCUGUGUUUCAUGAUCAAGAAAUACCCGAGUGGCGCUUUGAGUCCGUCCAUAACCGCUCUUCAGAUUGGUCAGACCUUUCUUGUGAGCAAUGCUUUAGGUGACUUCAUGACAGAACCCUAUGAUAUCUAUACUAUGUAUCAUUUGAUCGCUGGUGGCACCGGUUUGACAGUGUUACUUGGCAUCAUACAGCAAGCUUUGGCCAGAACCUGUGUAAGAAGCAUAAACUUACUCAACUUCAACAAGGACGAAGAUAACAUGUUUUACGCGAAGGAACUGGAAAAGGCUAGCACAGACGGCAGAUUAAAAGUUACACAUAUCCUUUCACAAGCCGCAGACACCUGGAAAGGCAGACGCGGCUCGUUAUCUGAUUAUUUAUUAGAGGAACUAAUUGGAACAGGUAAAAAUAAUGCAUUCGUCUAUACGUGCGGGCCUGCAGGAUUCAUACAGUCUGCAAAGAAUUUACUUCGAAAACUCAAUUGGAAGCCGUGCCAAACGCACGAAUUCGAAGAUUAGCUGUACUCAUCGAAAGCAUACUCCAUAUCUUUUGAUACCAAAUGUUGGAACAUUGGCAAACGUAUGGAAACAAUUACGUGUCGUACCGUUGAAUUUUUAAAAAGAAUCUUUUGGAUACUUUUAUUCCUAUUUCCGCCCACAAUCUCAGAUUCGUGCGUGUAAGUUUAUCAGGGAAUCGAGUGGCAAAUAUGUAACAAAAAAAAAAAGAAGAAUGUUUGAAGAAAUAGAAUUUUUUUUUAUAGAAGUAUU